GAGCCUCCAAUCACGUGCGUUGGUCUCCAUGCAUCUAUACCGCAGUAAAUGCAACCGAGUCCUUUCUACACCCAUGAUAUUUUUCAGACUAUAUAAACCAUUCUAACAACAUAUACAAAACAAACAUUCAUUUCUAGAGAAGAAAAAAGCCUUAGCCAUGGCCAAGUCCAAAACCAAUGAGAGGAAGAACGGUACGGUGCAACUCAAGCAUGUGGUAGAGAAGUUACAAAAGAGUCUCCAUCUAUCAAAGAGGUCAGCGGCGAUCGGCCACAACCACCACCGAGAAGAUAUAGAUGAAGUUGGGGGCCACAGGACGAUCCCAGAGGACGUGAAGGAGGGACAUUUUGCAGUCCUGGCUGUCGACGAUGGACGGUCCAAGAGGUUUGUCAUUGCGUUGAGAUAUCUCAACCAUCCACAGUUCCUGAGGCUGCUGGAACAGGCAGCAGAGGAGUUUGGCUUCAAUCAGGAGGGUGCACUGGCGAUCCCGUGCCGGCCAAGCGAGCUGGAGAGAAUCCUGGCCGAGCAUUGGAUGGAAGAGACAGAUGGUAAUGGUGGGGAUGGGUGGGAUGGUUACAAAACCAUUGUGGAGAGUUGCUAGAGGAAAGAAAAUUUCUCUAUGUUUAUAUUCAACCACUGCAUCCUUACCUAUUAAUUUAUCAUGUACAAGAGCAUAUGAAACGAAGGAUGUGUGAACUUAUUUCCUAGAAAAUGUAUUUGUGUGUACGUCAGUAGUUCAUUAU